AUGACUUCAUCGCGGCCGGCCAUCGUUGUGAUUACUAGCCCGCAUCCGCCAGCACCACCUGCGCCUCCCGCACCUCCUGCCCCGCCUGCUCCACCGGCGCCGCCUGCGCCACCCGUGUUUCCCCCGGGUUUCGUUUCCCACCAGGACCGGCCUCUCUUCGAGCCCCCGGACGAGGAGGGCUUUCCUGCGCCAGAAGACGUCAGCGAAAACCGCGAUGAGACCGACGAGGCGGCCUACGGUGUUGGCGACUUCCCCAUCCCCACCUUUCCCGAAGACCUCGUCCACGAUGAAGGUGGUCCCGAGGCAACGAAGGACGCCACGCCUGCAAGUCCGCGUUCUCGCAAGAGUACGCACCGUCGCACGGCGCGCACCAUGGGUGAGAAGUGGCAGUGGCUUCUGCGGAUGAAAGACGAGAAUCUGUCAAUUCGUCACACGGCCCGUCUUGCAGGGGUCGAGGUGGGAGAGGACGUCCACUCCUCCCCCUUGGUGGAUGAGUGGGUCAACCCCCUCUACACCACGACUGCUGACGACGAGGAAGCUGCCCGGGAGGCGGACGACGAGGACUGUGGGGACAUGCCCGCGGAGGAGGAGGAGGCGGAGGAGGAGGAGGAGGAGGAGGAGGAGGAGGAGGAGGAGGAGGAGGAGGAGGAGGAGGAGGAGGAGGAGGAGGAGGAGGAGGAGGAGGAGGAGGAGGAGGAGGAGGAGGCCGAGAUGGAGGCGGAGGAGGAGGAGGAGGAGAUCGAGGGGGAGGCAGAGUGGGGAGACGUGGAGGAGGACGAUGUGGAGUAG